AUGGCUGAAACAACAUCUUUUGAUCCUGAAUUGCAAGUUGCCCCAGAUUAUGACAGUGCUUCCUCUCAGCCUGCAGCAAGGACUAAUCAUCAUUCUCAUCAUUAUUCAGCUGUUGAUGAUGAAAUACCCACCGUCGAUUAUUCCUUAAUAUUCUCUGAUGAUCCUGAUCAGCGAUUCCUUGCCCUUGAAAACCUCCGCCAAGCAUGCCAGGAAUAUGGCACCUUCUAUCUGGUAAACCACACCAUCCCGGAUGAAGUUUUUGACUGUGUUUUGAAGAGAGUUACUGAUUACUUUGAUCCAACAACGAUGGAUGAAAGAAAAGUCCAUAGUAAGAAAGGUCCUACAGAUAAAAUUCAAUGGCUCCAAAACUCCUCUAUUGAAGAAAAUAGGGAAUGUGUCAAAUUUUAUGCGCACCCUCAGUUCCAUUUUUCAUCUAACCCAUCGGAUAUCAGAAAACUCUUAGAAAAAUUUGGCAAAGAGAUGAGAACAAUAGUAGUUGGAUUAGCAAAGGCGAUGUCUAAAACCUUAGGGUUUGAAGAAAACUACUUAGAGAAAGCAUUCGACCUGAAGUCAGGGUUUGAUGUAAUGGUCAUGAACCUUUAUCCACCUUGUUCUACAUCCAAGGGUUCCAUUGGUAUCCCUGAGCACACUGACCCUGGCUUUAUGAUUACACUCGUGCAAGAUGUAAAUGGUGGUCUCCAAAUCCUAUCUCAUAAAGGAAUUUGGAUUAAUGUCACUAUUCCUCAUCGUGCCAUACUCAUCCAGCUUGCUGAUCAACUUGAGAUCUUAACCAAUGGGAAGUAUAAGAGUCAGGUGCAUAGGGUUAUUGUUGACAACAAUAAGGUACAAAGGAUAACCGUGGUGACCCUUCAUGGACCUUCUUUGGACAAAUUCAUUGGCCCAGGCACAGAGUUUGUUAAUGAAGAAAACCCACAGAAAUAUCGUGGAAUGACAUAUAAGGAAUCCCUGGAAGCAAAUGGUGGUGGUGAGAUUGAUAUACAUUCAGCACUUAAGCAACUUAGACUUGUGUGA